UCUGUCAGAUGCGCCAGAAAAAAAAAACAUCCUGCCUUUGCGUACGUCGGACGGAACGUCUGCCUCCUUCCACCAGACACGAAUAUUUUCCGGAUUAUUUCCGCGCAAUCCGGUGGCAUCCGUCUGUCCAUCGGCUCAACGUUUCGCCUCAUCAACUAGCUCGCUUUAAUGUGCAUUUCGCGCGGUUUGCUGCCGGUGGUUUAGGUUUAGUUUAUUUUGCCUAAGUAGGUAGUGGUAGCGAUGAUCACCAAUCUGGUAAUGACUCGGUUACGGCACCUGCUGAUAACGGUGGCCGCACUGAUCAAGCGAAUCCUAUGCUGUUGCUCACGCCGCAGGAAAGGCUCGACCUGCGAGGGUGCUGAUACGGCACUCAAUUCCGUGGAUGUGGUGCGCGAUUCUGGAGCUAGAUAUAAGCAGAACGUGGUGGAAAAAGACUGGAACUCGUGGGACGAUUCGCCCAAGACGGUGGAGGAGCACAUCGAGCGGUACCGGGAGCAGCUGGCUGCUCCUCCGCCCCCGCGGGAACCGCCACCGGAGGAGCAGAUAGACUUUUUCCAAGACAUGGCCCCGAAGACGUUCAGUCAGCCGAAGGUGUACAUUGCCGAGAAUGGGCCGCAGGAUGACCCGAGUGGGUCGCAGUUUUCCCGCCUCACGGCCCAAAUCGACAUUCCGGUGGAGGAUGGACUGACCGACUGGAACGACGAUGGGCCGCGGGCCGGAUGGGACGAUGCCGACGAAAAUACCACCAAACAGCUGAUCCGGGAGACGAGGAAGGAACUUCGGCAGCAGCGGCAGAUGCAGCACCAUCAUCAUCAGCAGCAGCAACAGCAGCAUCGUGGGUAUUACAAGUGAGAAGGAGUGUGUUCCGCUUCGUAUUUGAUUGGUAAGUUUAUUUUUGUAAUUUUAGUUAACUUUCUCUCGAUUGACGGAGGGAAAGGAUUCGCGUUGAGUCUUUAUAUUUUAUGUGAUUUUUAGUAGAAUUAUAUCCAAGCAUUUGAAA